AUGUCUCCCAAGUCGCAAGCACCCAAGUCGUCUGACCGACCCGAACUCCUUCCGCAGACCUCAGAUGACAAGUUCAAAGCAUCAGGCUUUGGAAGCCUUGCCAAGUCUGCUUCUCCAUUCGGCGGGCUUGCCAGCCCGGGGUCAAAGUCUCCUUUCGCUGCAACAUCAGGCAACUCACUUGGAUCUUUUGCUGGAAGCACUGCGGCGCCAGCUGUGCCAGCUAGUGGAUUUGGAGCUCUGGGAGGGGCAAGCAAAUCGGCAUUUGGCGGCAGUACAUUCGGAAGUUCACUGGGUGGUGGCUUUGGAGCAAUUAGCGGAUCGAAAUCAGCAUUGUCAUCGUUCGCGACCCCCACAGAUCUCACGAUUAAAGGUCUUAAGGCAAAAGCAACGGCCUUCGGCACUCCUGGGCACGACAAGGAUGCCGAUGUAUCGGACGAGGACGAUGGCGAAGAGGACGACACCGAGAAAGAGAACAACGACAAGGAGCGGCAAACAAGCCAACCGUUGCUCUCACAGCAACCUCAUGAGACUGGUGAGGAGGGCGAGACAACUGUCUGGACUGGUCGCGCAAAGCUCUACAUCAUGACUGGCGAGGGCACAACCAAAGCAUGGAAAGAACGCGGAGUAGGCAAUUUCAAGUUCAACGUCACCGACGAGGAGCCAAAGAAAGCACGCUUCGUCCUCCGCGCCGAUGGUACACAUCGACUGCUACUCAAUGCCGCCGUGACAAAACAGCUCGUGUUCGGUGGCGACACCAGUGGAGAGAAACCGAAGGAAGGACGACUGCUCUUCAACUCGCCAACCUCAGACGGAGAACUCGAGUUGCACCUGCUCAAGGUACGUUGCAGUGCUCACUUUCCUCACAUCAAGCUGACACCACGUAGCUCAGAGCCGAGAGUGCAGUGAAUCUAUGGGAGGAAGUACGCAAAGUACAAGAUUUGGAGUUAUAGGAUGCUCCCUCUCUCAGUCUUGCACGUCUUCGCAUGGACUCUUCGUUUCAAGCAUAACCACUCGCCUUUUCUCGCUUGCUCCAUCAUUUCGAUUUACCAUCAACUUGAACCAUUGACCCCGCUUUGCCACACCCAUGGACAUAUUUUUGCGGUCGAUUGGGAUAGACUCUGCUUCUUGAACGACGAACGAGCAACACGAAAAAAAGAUAUCCUGGGCUUUGGGUUGGGGUGCUGGAAAUGAGUAAGAGGCGUGUGUGUGACAGCUGGGCUGUCCGCCUCAUGUACGUCGCCU